AGGGUCUAUAUAACUCAUUGCAGCAUGGUCACUGCAUGGGCCGAUGGGUGGGAUCACCCGUGCCCGCUCUCGGAGCAGAUCCCAUGAGCGAGCCGGACCGGCCACCGCCAGCUCGACGGCGCGAGCCACGUCGCCAGCUCGAGGGAACCUUUGUGGCCACUUUGUUUUGGCACCAUGUGAUCGAGGCUCAAACCUAGAUCUUCUUCGGCGGCAGAGGUGCUUUGGCACUGAGACCGCGCCACUGGGCUUAGUCUUGUCCUUGGAGGAGGCCCUCUUCUUGCAGUUGGACUCCGUGUUGGUCAUUUGCGAGGGUCCAGCGGUCUUGUCCAAAGAGGCAUUCUUUGAACGAUGUUGUUCACGCGUUCCAAACUUCCCUGCAUGCUUCGUGACCUACCGGCACUACCGCCAGGAUGGCUGGGUGGUGCGGCCGGAUGCCUUGAAGUUUGGCUGCCACUUCUUGCUCUACGAGGGGUCACCAAGUGAGGUCCAUGCACGGUAUUCCGUGAUCCUGGCAGAUGAGAAGAUGCUGUGGAAGGAUGCCAUCAUGGCCAGCCGUUUGGCACAGAUUGUGGCCAAGGAACUGCUGCUUGUUUUCCUGCCAGACUGCAAGGAGGUAUCCCUGGAAGAAUCUUGCAACAUGAAGCCCUUGGCGUUGACUGUGAGGCCAUGGCAUCAUCACUUGGGAACUUGACAAGGACGAGGCAUCGGGUGCCGAGGCAGGCUUGUAGCUACAGUGCUACAGUCACUCUUCGGGAUCGAUCAUUCCAACCAGCGCCAUGGGAUCUUGCCGCAUAUUGGAGCUCUGUAGAGUUCUCCAUGCGCCACAAGCAGAGCGCAUCAUCGGGAAACCAUUUGCUUUUGGUCACCCCCGACACGGAAGCCGCGCACGCGAAAGCGGCCGUCCUGGGCCAAAAGGGCGCAGGACGCACAGCGCGAGUCUUCGCAGCUGGGAGCACUGGCUUCCAUAUUUGGAGCCCAAGAGACUGCAGCAGUGUAUCGAGAUGGGGGGUGAAACCAACGAACGAAACACCAGGUUUCAGAUGACGCGGCAUCGAAGAAACUGCUCCUUGC